AUGGUGAACUUUACCUUGAUACCAGUGUUACUCUGCACUUUCAGUUGGAUCUCUGUCUCAGUCUCUGAGUUUUACACAGUGGAGGUUCAGCCUGGUGAAGAAGUCACACUGCUGUGCUCCAACUUUAGCAGUAUACCCACAAAUAUAUUCUGGUUCAAACUGGUCAAUGGACCCAAUAUCACCCGCAUUUCAUCUAUGACGAGCUCUGAUGGAAAUGCUUCGGUCAGUGAAGGAUUUCAAGACGGCAGAUUUAAUAUGACAUCCAACACCACUACUCUCUUUCUGAACAUCAAACCUGUGGAUUUAUCUGACUCUGGGCUGUACUUCUGUGGACUUAACCAAGAACAAGACUCAGUAAACGUCUCACUGAUGGCAAAUUUAAACAUUCGAGAAGUGCCAACUGAUGGGUUUACAAAUGUCACGACUGUGAUCCUGGCAUGUAGUCUUACUGUACGCACGAUGGUGAACUUUACCUUGAUACCAGUGUUACUCUGCACCUUCAGUUGGAUUUCUGUCUCAGUCUCUGAGUUUUACACAGUGGAGGUUCAGCCUGGUGAAGAAGUCACACUGCUGUGCUCCAACUUUAGCAACUAUCCUAUGAGGAUAUUCUGGUUCAAACUGGUCAAUGGAGUCAAUAUCAUCCCUAUCUCAUCAAUGACGAGCUCUGAUAAAAAUGCUUCGCUCAGUGAAGGAUUUCAAGACGGCAGAUUUAAUAUGACAUCCAACACCACCACUCUCUUUCUGAACAUCAAACCUGUGGAUUCAUCUGACUCUGGGCUGUACCUCUGUGGACUUGAAGAACAAGGCUCAGUAAACGUCUCACUAAUGGCUACAAAUUUAAAGGUUCAAGUCCUAGCUGAAGAGUUUAUUAAUAUGAUGACUGUGAUCCUGGCCGGUGUAACAGUUUUCCUUCUUAUUGGCAUCAUCUGUCUGGUCGUCAAAAUCUGGACACUUUAUACAGCUCAACACGAGGAAGUGAUUCCACAACACACUGAGUUCGUAGGCUCUGAUUCUCUCAACUACGCAGCUCUGAGUUUCCGUCCCAAAGUAAAAAGCAGCAGAAGGCCUGCAGCAGAGAGAGAACUGGAACCACAUGUAGUGUACGCUGCCACAAGAUAGACUCAAAUAAUUCAGCUCAUCUCAUGCUUUAUCACAGUGAGCUGCUUGUGGGUCGUUUGUGCGGCUGUUGAACGAGAG